AUGCCGAUGAUUGUGGAAUUGCCGAUUGCGAUGUUGGCCUGCGCACGGAUCGGUGCUGUCCAUUCGGUGGUGUUCGCCGGCUACAGCGCCGAUGCACUGGCAGCACGGAUCUGUCAAGUAAAAUCGCGUCUCCUGAUCACCGCUGAUGGAUACUUUCGUGGCAAGAAACUCGUUGCACUGAAAGCAAUCGCUGAUAGCGCCGUUGCUGAAUGCACCGUUGCUGGUGAACCGGUGGAAACUGUGAUUGUUGUAAAACAUCUGGAACGCGUUCAUCAACCUAAUGGUGCUACUCUUGCAGAAAUAAAAUUAAACAAAUGUCGGGAUGUUUUGUGGGAGGACGAAAUGAGACGUUGUCAAGGAAUGCAGUGCGAAGUUGAGUGGAGUGAAGCGGAAGAUCCGCUUUUCAUCCUCCAUACAUCCGGUUCCACAGGUCAGCCGAAAGGAAUUCUGCAUACGACAGCUGGUUACAUGACCUAUGCGUACGCCACCGUCAAAUAUGUUUUUGACGCACAUCCGGAAAGGGACAUUUACUGGUGCACAGCCGAUUGUGGUUGGAUUACUGGGCACUCGUAUCUUGUAUACGGUCCAUUGCUUAACGGUUUGACGUGUGUAAUGUUUGAAGGUGUGCCAACUUAUCCGACGCCAGCACGAAUGUGGCAGAUUGUUGAGAAAUACAAAGUUACAACUUUAUACACGGCACCAACAGCAGUACGUGCACUAAUGGCUUUCGGGAACGAUUACGUUCUGCCGCACGAUCGCUCAUCGCUUCGUCUUUUGGGUUCA